AUGGCGGCCGUCAGGAUCCUGGUGGCGUCGAGGCUGGCAGCGGCGUCCGCGUUCGCACCCCUCCCCGGCCGUCUGCGGCUGCUGUCUCCCGACGGUCAGAUGCCCCCCUCGCGCUCGGCCCUUCACGGCUCGGCGCCGCGACCUGGGGCUAAGGUCGCGGUGGUGCUAUCUGGAUGUGGAGUCUACGACGGUACUGAGAUCCACGAGGCCUCCGCGAUACUGGUACAUCUGAGUCGUGGUGGGGCUGAGGUCCAGAUCUUUGCUCCUGACAUCCCUCAGAUGCAUGUGAUUGAUCACACCAAGGGGCAGCCUUCUGAAAGUGAAACCAGGAAUGUUUUGGCUGAGUCAGCAAGGAUUGCCCGUGGCAAGAUCACAGACCUGGCCAAGCUUCAUGCUGCCAACCAUGAUGCCGCCAUCUUUCCUGGAGGCUUUGGAGCAGCCAAAAACCUAAGCACAUUUGCCGUGGACGGGAAGGAUUGCCAAGUGAACAGAGACAUCGCACGUGUGUUGACAGAGUUCCACCAGGCCGGGAAGCCCAUUGGCUUGUGCUGCAUUGCACCCGUCCUUGCAGCCAAGGUGCUCCGAGGCGUCGAGGUCACCGUGGGCCACGAGCAAGAGGAAGGCGGCAAGUGGCCUUACGCUGGGACCGCAGAGGCCAUCAAGGCUCUGGGCGCCAAGCACUGUGUGAAGGGGGUGGCCGAAGCUCACGUGGACCAGAAAAACAAGGUGGUCACAACGCCAGCCUUCAUGUGUGAGACAGCACUCCACCACAUCCAUGACGGGAUUGGGGCCAUGGUGAAGAAGGUGCUGGAACUCACCAGAAAGUGAUGCACACAGGACGACCAGUUCAGUGCCUGAACUCAGCUUCCCCUCCCUGCCACAUGAUUGGUGGCCACUCUCCGUCCAGCUGAGAAUGUGGCAGGGGUUUAUUUUUCUGCUUAAACCGGCAGGUGCCUUCUACCUAAGGAGGCAACACCACUAGCUAGGGGGUGGUUGGAACAUUUCAUUUGAGCUUGGAUGAACUUCCUUCUACAUAGAGGGAGUCAGAGGCAGCUUGAAUCCCUCAUCCACACAUUUUAUGUGUGCACAUGCUUACCAUUUGAGUUUGUCCACAUGGAUGUGUGCACAUGUGGAAAGGUGUACACUCAGGCAUUUACUUAGGGGUUUCCAUAAAAUGCACACACUUGCAGAUGUGUUCUCUGCCUCUAACAAGCAGUGUGACUCCCCCACUGUGUGUGUCCAGAAAACAAAUUAGAGCCAGCUUUUUCAGGAAGAGAAUUGUUCUUUAGUCUUAGGUUUGGAGUUUCAAGUUACUUAGGUCUUGGAAGAAAAAAAAAUUUAAGUUUGUAACUGCUAAUCAGGAAACCAGAAAUACCAUGUUUAUCGGAAAAACUGAUUCUCUGAUGUGAAUUUGUGCUAGUCAAACCAAGGGGAUUUCUAAAGUAGGUGAUCCUGUAGCCCCAGAAAACAAGUACUUACGAGUGGAAACUUCAUCAACUCUUGUUUCAGGCUUUCUGAAUCUGGUCAUGAGGAGUGUCAGUCUCGGAUCUCUUCAUCCAGGAAAGGGAAUCACAGACACUUAGCCUCAGUAGUUGUGGAAUGAGUUGACAGGCGUGGGUUUUACAUAGCAGAAUCCCACAGAUGAUGUGUAAAAGGGAAAUAAAGGAUGCUAUCCUGCGCUGGUCUUCA